AUGUUUGCCCUUCGCUCCUUGGUGGUGGUGGUGGUGGCUCUGCUGGCCCUGAUGUGCCUGACGGAGGCGGCUCCAGGAGGGCAGUAUUAUGGCAGCAGUCAUGGCAGUUUUGGUGGUGGUGGCUUUGGCGGUCGUUUCGGGAGCCACAGCAGCCAUGGCGGUCAUGUCGGGGGCUACGGCAGCUAUGGCGGUCAUUCCUCUCACGGUUACGUCAGGCCACGUCCCAGCUACGGAGAACACAGUGACAGUGGGAAUGAGGAUGCUAGUGCCGCUGCUGUAGGUGCUGGCAGGGGAGGCACAUGUGAUGCCUUAGGAAGCUCAGGAGAGGACGGAGACCGACCGUUGCUGAACAAUCCCUCCUGUGCCUCUGUAUGUAACUUUCCUAAAAACAGCAAAGCACAUAGACAGAAGAGGACUGGUGCAUGUGGACAGUGA